AUGAUAAUCUAAAUACACAAAAAUAUUUGGUUGCAGUUUUAAUAUAAAAUAUUGUAAGAACUAAAUAUAAAGCAAGAAAGAAUACAGUUAUAAAAAGAACCAAAUAAACAUUUAAUUAAAAAGACAGCUUCAGCUGUUAGAACUGCAAGGGAUUAAAAGAUGCUUCAAUAAUUUCGAGCAGGAACAGUUAAGUUGAGAGAAAUCUAAAAUGAAUAUUCUAAACAUUACUUAAUGAAAUUAUUGAAGUUUGUUGUAUUAGUAUUUAAAAAGAGAGUGGAACUUACUCAGUAGGAUAGUUUGAAGAUACAAAUUGAUGUGCAAUUGAUUUAAGAGGAGUCAUUAGAUUGUUUGGAGAUAUUCAGUUGGGUGGGAGGAUCAGAAGUGAGAGAUUCUUACAAAUUUUAACAAGAAAUAAUAUAUUAUAUAUAUUUAAUGUGGUUAACAAAAUCGUACUCGUUCAUAAAAACAAGAAUAGAUUAUCAUAUCAGGAAACCUCCUCAGAUAUAGGAGGGACAACAAGAAAUAGUUCAAUAACCAAGUCCGAAUCAAAAGUGUAAAUAGAGAUCAGUAAGUGCUAAUAGUAAAAUGAAAAUCAACAUAAUAAAAGAUUUCUACAAGUUGUCAAAGGAUGAUCAAUACAUUUAUAACUCUAUCGAGAUAAAUGAUAUUACUUUCAUUGAAUAAGCGACGAAGGACAAUAGAACUCUGGAGAAGAAUGAUUGGUAAAUUAUCCUAAAAAAUAAAUCAUUCACAGGAUACAAAGUUUAAUAAAUACAUUAAUCGAUUAUGUUGUAGACAAUGGAAUAUGACAUACGGAGACAAUGGUGGAUCUUCGUCAGUAAUCAGGAAUAGAACAAGAAGGAACUAAGAAAUCAAAGUUAUUAAAAAUUGAAAAAGGCUGAUACUCUGCAUAAGAUUCAGAUUGAAAAGGACGUGGCAAGAACAAUCAUUCACGAUAUGUUUAACAUGAGAAAUUAAUAAUCAUUAAAAAACAUUCUAAUCGCAUAUGCGAAUUAUGAUAAAGAGCUGGGGUAUGUUUAAGGACUCAAUAUCAUAGUAGCAAAUCUAUUAGUUUGUUACGAUUUAAGUGUUAAUGAUUAAUAAUUAAAUGAUUUUGAAGUUAUGGAUGAGGAGAGGGAUGAAACGGUGUUCUUUAUCUUCUUAUACAUAAUGAAGGAUCAAAAUUGGAGAGUGGUAUUUUUGGAGGGUUUUGAAGGCUUAAGACUCAAGAUAGAUGUGCUUGAAUAGAUGAUGAAAAAAAAGAUACCUGAAUUACACAGACAUUUCUACGAUGAAGGGAUUACUGAUUUCUUUCCUUUCUUUUCUCGAUUCUAUAUGACAUUAUUGAUGUACAAUAUCCCUUGGAGAUUUUCAGGCAUGAUUCUUGAUCUUUUCCUAAUUGAAGGCGAAGAAAUCAUACACAAAUUGAUACUAGCUAUGUUGUCAUAUCACAAAAAUAAGUUGAUAACCAGAAACUACAGCGACAUCAGAACAUUCUGUUAAGAAUAGCUAGUUGAAAGUUUUUUGGAAAUAUUUGAUGCCUCCUAACCCAAUUUAAUGGCAAUAUUGCAAAAACUUAAUUUAUUAUGA